AUGCACGUUUACAAGAGGGAUGGCCGCAAGGAGCCGGUUCGUUUUGACAAGAUCACGGCCAGAAUUUCGCGUCUGUGUUACGGUCUUGAUUCCAACCACGUUGAUGCCGUUGCUAUAACACAACGUGUAAUCUCGGGUGUGUACCAGGGAGUCACCACCAUCGAACUCGACAACCUUGCUGCCGAGACAGCUGCCUACAUGACCACCAUUCACCCGGACUAUGCCAUUCUUGCUGCCAGAAUCGCGGUCUCCAACUUGCACAAGCAAACUACUAAGGUGUUCUCGCAGGUUAUCUCCGAACUGUACCAUUAUAUCAACCCAAAGAACGACAAGCACUCGCCUAUGGUGUCCAAAGAAACCUACGAUAUUGUUCAGGCCAACGCCGACGAGCUGAACUCCGCCAUUGUCUACGACAGAGACUUCCAGUACAACUACUUUGGUUUCAAGACCAUGGAGCGUUCUUAUUUGUUGAGAGUCAACGGUAAGGUUGCCGAAAGACCACAGCAUUUGAUCAUGCGUGUUUCUAUCGGAAUCCACGGAGACGACAUUGCCAAGGCCAUCGAGACCUACAACUACAUGUCUGAGAGAUACUUCACCCACGGUUCUCCAACUCUUUUCAAUUCGGGUACUCCCCACAACCAGAUGUCGUCAUGUUUCCUCGUUGCCAUGAAGGAGGACUCCAUUGACGGUAUCUACGACACUCUCAAACAGUGUGCACUUAUCUCAAAGAGUGCAGGUGGUAUUGGUCUUCACAUCCAUAACAUUCGUUCCACAGGUUCGUACAUUGCCGGAACCAACGGUACUUCCAACGGUCUUAUUCCAAUGGUCCGUGUCUUCAACAACACAGCGCGUUACGUUGACCAAGGUGGAAACAAGAGACCUGGUGCAUUUGCUCUUUACCUUGAGCCAUGGCACGCGGAUGUCUUCGAUUUCAUCGACAUCAGAAAGAACCACGGAAAGGAGGAAAUUAGAGCCAGAGACCUGUUCCCCGCUUUGUGGAUCCCUGAUUUGUUCAUGGAGCGUGUUGAGAAGAAUCAGAGCUGGACCCUGUUCUCCCCAUCCGAAGCUCCUGGUUUGAGUGAUGUUUACGGUGACGAGUUCAAGGAAUUGUACGAGCGUUAUGAGAGAGAAGGUCGCGGUAAGGACACCAUCAAGGCUCAGAAGCUUUGGUAUGCCAUCUUGGAGGCCCAAACCGAAACUGGUACUCCUUUCAUGCUCUACAAAGAUGCUUGUAACAAGAAGUCCAACCAGAAGAACUUGGGUAUCAUCAAGUCCUCUAACUUGUGUUGUGAGAUUGUUGAGUAUUCCGACAAGGAUGAGACCGCUGUGUGUAAUUUGGCAUCUAUUGCCUUGCCAGCAUUCAUCGAGUCUGACGACAAGACUUCCUGGUACAACUUUGAUCGUCUUCACGACAUUGCCAAGGUUGUCACCCGCAACUUGAACAGAAUCAUCGACAGAAACUACUAUCCAGUUCCAGAGGCCAAGAGAUCCAAUAUGCGUCACCGUCCUAUUGCUGUUGGUGUCCAGGGUUUGGCUGAUGCUUUCAUGAGACUGCGUAUUCCAUUCGAUUCCCCAGAGGCCAAGGAACUUAACAUUCAGAUGUUCGAGACUAUCUACCACGGUGCUUUGGAGGCUUCCAUGGAACUGGCUACUGAGGAAGGUGCCUACGAAACUUUCCAAGGUUCUCCAGCUUCUAAGGGCUUGCUCCAAUUUGAUCUUUGGAACAAGAAGCCUACUGAUUUGUGGGAGUGGGAUUCACUCAAACAGAAGAUCAUUACUAAGGGUCUCAGAAACUCUUUGCUUGUGGCUCCAAUGCCAACUGCAUCCACAUCACAGAUUCUUGGUUACAACGAGUGUUUCGAGCCAUACACCUCUAACAUUUACUCUCGUCGUGUGCUUGCUGGUGAGUUCCAAAUUGUUAACCCAUACCUUUUGCGUGAUCUUGUUGAUCUCGGUUUGUGGAACGAUGGAAUGAAGAAUUUCAUCAUCUCCGACAACGGUUCUAUCCAAAAUCUGCCAAAUGUGCCCGAUGAGCUCAAGCGUCUGUACAAGACGGUUUGGGAGCUUUCGCAGAAGACGAUCAUUGAUAUGGCAGCCGACAGAGCUGCUUACAUUGACCAAUCGCAAUCCAUGAACAUCCACCUCAAGGACCCUACUAUGGGUAAGCUGACCAGUAUGCAUUUCUACGGAUGGAAGAAGGGUUUGAAGACCGGAAUGUACUAUUUGCGUACUCAGGCUGCUGCUGCUGCCAUCCAGUUCACCGUGGACCAAGAUGCUGCCUCCUCUGCUUCGCUGACUGUUGCCUCGCUAGAGAAGCUUAAGGUGAAGAAAUACGUUGCUAGAAAGACUGCCCCUGUUGAGGACAACUCGUUCUCUUCUGCAGACUCCAAGGAAUCGACUCCAGCACCAGAGUCCGAGCCAACCUCGCUGGAAAACAGCCUUGCUGAGCUCCAGGUUCAGGACAAGCCUCUUCCGGUUCCAGUUCCGGUUGCCGAGAAAGAAGAGGAACCAGAGACUGCUGCUGCUGCUGUUGAUGAAGACGAUCAGACUGAAGCUGAUAUCUUCAGCUCCAAGGUGAUUGCGUGUGCCAUAAACAACCCAGAGUCUUGCCAGAUGUGUUCUGGUUGA